UCAAAACACACGCACUUAAUUAACAUAACUGUUUCAACUCUCUCUACUUCAAUUUUCCUUUCUCUUCUCACAACACGUUUCUUAGACAUGAUUAAUGAAUACAAUCUUAUAUGAUCGCACCCCCAUUAUUCUUUUAUCCAAUUUUUCUCUUAUUUGUUUCUCCUUUUUUAUUUUUCAACUAAUUUUUCGGGGAAUUCUGCCAAACUGGAAGUCUCAGCUCACCCUGCACAGCCUCUUGUCUCAAUUGAGCAUAUUUCUCCGCUCACCAAAGUGUGUUUCACUCACACAAGGGUCCAGGCAGUUGCAAAAUUGAGCUUAGGAUCUGAAUCAUUUAAUCAGAUGAAAAUUUAUGUAAUUAUGUUUAUGUUGUGAUACUCGUGUAAGAAGAAUUAGUUAGGUAUUCUUUGUUAAUUUCACCACUAUUGUGGUCUGCGAGUUUUUUGAUUUUUGGACAAACCCGAGGGAAUGAAAUGGCGAACGAAUUAGUAGCUCGUGCCUCACAUGCCCCAACAUCUGAGUUACUUUCCCGGACCAUCUUUGCUGUAUUUGACACUAUCAAAGCAGCCAAUGAGGUUGUGAUUCACAAGGAAAAUUUAAAGAGAUUCUCUGUUCACUUGAAGAAUGUCUCACUCAUAUUGAAGUCUUUAUCGAAGCAAGACAUACACAAUUCCGCGAGCUUGGAAAAUGCUAUGAAUGGUCUCUACCGAGAGGUUGGUGUUGCUAAGCAGCUUUUUGUUGAGUGCAACAAUAGAAGUAAGGUUUAUCUUUUAAUCAAUUCCAGAAAGAUCGUUACACACUUGAAUUGUUGUACCAAGGAUAUCGGUCGUGCAGUAAGCCUCAUCCCUUUGGCCUCUUUAGACAUUAACUCUGGUUUAAAUCAACAGAUAAGUGAGUUAUGCAAGAAAAUGUUGGAUGCUGAGUAUCAAACAGCUGCAGCAGAUGAGGAAAUUUUGAAGAAAAUUGAGACAGCGAUACAAGAGGGAAAUGUUGAUCGGUCGUAUGCGAAUCAGUUGCUAACCUGCAUUGCAGAUGCUAUAGGGGUCCCCUUGGAGCAUGGUGCAUUGAAGAGAGAAUUUGAAGAGCUGAAAAAUGAAAUGGAAAAUGCCAAGUCAAGGGUAGAUGUGGCAGAAGCUCUACAUAUGAAGCAGAUUAUUGCAGUGCUUGGAAAGGCUGAUUUUAUAACUUCAGCACAAGAGAAGGAAACUAGGUAUUUUGAGAAGAGAAACUCCUUGGGAGAGAGACCAUUGAUGCCUCUUCAGUCUUUUUACUGCCCAAUCUCUCUCGCUAUUAUGGCAGACCCUGUGGAGACUUCUUCCGGGAAGACAUUUGAGAGAAGGGAAAUAGAGAAAUGGUUUGCUGAAGGAAACACUCUCUGUCCCUUGACCAGGUUGCCUCUAGAUACUAAAAUCCUAAGGCCAAAUAAAACUCUUAAGCAGUCUAUUCAAGAGUGGAAGGACAGGAACACAAUGAUUACCAUUUCUGCCAUCAAAUCCGAACUUGAAACAAAUGAUGAAGAGGGAGUGGUUCAAUCCUUAGAAAAGCUACAGAAGCUUUGCUUAGAAAGAGAGGUUCACCGAGAAUGGUUAAAAAUGGAGAAUUACAUUACUGUUCUUAUUGGACUUCUUAGUUCUAAAAAUCGUGAAAUAAGGAAGCAUGUUCUACUCAUCCUGUGUAUGCUUGCAAUGGAUAAUGCAGACAACAAGGAAGAUAUUGCUAAAGUGGAUAAUGCACUUGGAUUGAUUGUUCGCUCACUUUCACGUCAAGCUGAGGAACGCAAGCUGGCAUUGGUGUUGCUGUUGGAGUUAUCUAAAUGUAAAAUGGUGUGCAGUCUCAUAGGAAGCAUUCAAGGAAGCAUACUUCUCCUGGUAUCAAUGAUAAAUAGUGAUGAUGUUGAAGCAGCCAAACAUGCACAUGAGCUGCUGGUGAAACUCUCUGUUCUUGAUCAGAAUGUUAUAGAGAUGGCAAAGGCAAAUUAUCUUAAGCCUUUACUGCUGAAACUUUCUACAGGAUCAGAAAAUAUGAAAAUAGUUAUGACUGAAACUUUGUCCAAAAUUACAUUAACCGACCAGAACAAAUUGUCCUUGGUCAAAGAUGGGGCAUUGCAACCUCUUGUUCAGCUGCUCUUAAAUGAUGAUUUGGAAAUCAAGAAAGUGGCUGUCAAAGCUCUACUACAGUUCUCAAGCUUGCCAGAGAAUGGCCUCCAGAUGAUCAAGGAAGGUGUUGCUCCACCACUGUUGGAACUGCUAUACUGUCACAGUUUACAGUCACCUACUCUUCUUGAACAGGUUGUUGCCACAAUAAUGCAUCUUGCUAUGUCAACAACUUACCAACAUGCUGAACCAGAACAGGUUUCAUUGCUAGAUUCUGAGGAAGACAUAUAUAAAUUCUUCUCUUUAAUUUCUUUGACGGAACCUGAGAUACAAAAUAAGAUUCUCAGAGCUUUCCAGGCAUUGUGCCAAUCUUUCUAUGGCCUCCGCAUCAGAAAGAGGUUGAGACAGAUAUCAGCAGCUAAAGUUUUGGUCCACUUGUUGGAGCUUAAUACCCAACCAGUGCAGGUCAAUUCCUUGAAGCUUUUCUAUUGCUUGACAGAAGACGGUGAUGAUGGCAACAUCUCAUCACAUAUAACUGAAAGAUUCAUCAAAGUCUUGCUUACCAUCAUUGAGGCCUCUGAUGACGCUGAAGCGAUGGUUACUGCUAUGGGUAUCAUCUCUAAACUACCACAGGAGUCUCACAUGACUCAGUGGCUUCUAGAUUCUGGGGCACUUAAAACUAUUUUGACUUGUCUUACCGACCAACAUAAGCAUGUCUCACACAAAAAACAAGUCAUAGAGAAUUCUGUUCAAGCUCUUUGUCGUUUUACUGUCUCAACAAAUUUGGAGUGGCAGAAGAGAGUGGCAUUAGAAGGCAUAAUCCCAGUGCUGGUGCAGUUGCUGCAUUCCGGAACACCCUUUACAAAACAAAAUGCAGCCAUUUCAAUCAAGCAGUUUUCAGAAAGUUCAUAUCGCUUGAGCGAGCCAAUAAAGAAGCCUAGCAUUUUCAAAUGCUGCCUUGUAGCCAAAGAAACUGGUUGUCCAGCACACUUAGGCACCUGCUCAGUUGAGUCUUCAUUCUGCAUUUUGCAAGCUAAUGCCUUGGAGCCCCUUGUGCGCAUGCUUGCAGAUCAAGAUGAUGGAACGCGCGAAGCUUCCUUAAAUGCACUGCUAACUUUGGUUGAUAGUGAAGCACCACAGAGUGGAAGUAAGGUACUUGCAAAUUCAAAUGCUAUUGCACCAAUGAUACAACUAUCGAGUGUUCCAAUUCCGAGGUUGCAGGAAAGAAUUCUAAUAGCUUUAGAAAGAAUUUUUCAACUAGAUGAUGUGAGAAAUAAGUACAAAGUUGUGGCCACGAUGCACUUGGUAGAAAUAACUCAGGGGAAAGAUAGUCGAAUGAGAAGUCUUGCUGCCAAGUGCCUUGCUCAAUUGGGUGAACUUAAUAAACAGUCCUCUUAUUUUUAGAAACGGUCUCACAAUUGUUUGGUUACUUGCACAAGAAUUAAAUAAACAGAAAUUCUACACAAGCUAAAUUCCUGUUUCAAGGUUUAUUUUUUUCCCUUUCUCUACUAUAUUUGUUGUCCUGAUAUGUCCGAGUCAUAUAAGAACUGAACUUAUUGCUCCCUUUCUACUGUUGUAAAGAAAUAUUGAAUUAGAUUGAAGAGAAUAUAUCUGAAAGGCUUUCAUAGUUA